AUGGCUCAGAAUCGUAAUUUUUCCCACAGCCUAGAAUCGAUCACCACCACCACCUUGCCACCAUCCUCAGCCCACGACCCCAAGCAAUCCCGGCCGAGCGACACACGCACAACACAUCCGCGCCUCCCCUCACGCCUGACGGGACCGACAAGGCAGACACGGCGCGCUGCACGCCCGCACCCAAUUGACCAGCAGCGUGAGCAAUCCGCGCCCGGCAACGCCACCUUUGGUUCGCUCAACACACCCGCAUCCGGACUCCGACGCAUCCUCGACACCGUCGACACCGUCAUCCAUGCCCCUGUAGGCGAGCCGGUGCUUCCUGUGCUUCCGAAUCCCCUCAUCCUUCCUGUCGUCCGCCGCGGCGUCACGUCCUCAUCUGUCUGUUCAGUCACAGGCCACAAUGAGCGGCACGACACUGCUCCGGCUGCGGCCCUCGCCGUCGGCCUCGUCGGCCACGACUGCAGCAACACGGCUGGCGCUGGCACGUCGUUCGCCGAGCAGACAGCAGACGGCGUUUGUCCGGCUGCAUUCGUCCGCUCCGUCUCCCUCGUCCUCCUCCCCCCUUCGCCGGCUUGCGUCGGCCGCUGCCUCUUCCGCACCCAAGCCCCGUCCGCGCUGCAGCAGUCGCUGCGAUUCUACUCGGCCGGACCGACCCCGCCGCCGUCCAAUGGCCGUCGGAAGAGAAAAUCCGACAAGGAAGGGGAGUCGGCUGUGCCGAAGAGCGAGGAGAACAACGCGUCCACCGAGCAGGAGAAGCUCGCCGAGCAGGCUGACCGUCUCGAGGAUGGUGGCAAGCUCGGCAGCGAACAGUCGCCCCAGGACAACCAGCAGCAGACCCAGCGGUCCCAGCAGUCGCAGACGGACGCCGAGGCAUCGUCCGACAAGACCAGCCAACCGCCUGUGGAGGAGCGGCCCCUGCCGCCAAACUGGGUCCGCCUGAACGACGAGGAACUGGCCAUUCUGUCCCGCAUCCUGUCUUUUUCGCCGCCGUCGCGCCGCGACAGCAUGCUCGAGGUCAUUGAGGGUGUGCGUCGCUACGGUGCGCCGGUCGAGCUGCGUGAGCUGAUUGCCAAGCAAAAAGCCGGCGGCCUCAGCCUGGCCGACGGCAUGAAGGUCGUCAAGGUGGCGUUCAACAUGGCCAAGCAGUUCUCGGACGACGAGGCCGGCAUGCACUCCGCCAACCGCCCACCCAGCGACCCGGCCAACAAGGACAGCCAAAACGACCAGCGCAAUCAGCACGGCAUGUUCAACUCCAACGACCCGCAGCAGCCCAGCUCGCACCAGCCGGGUGCGUCUGGCCAGCCGAACCUGAACAACGACGGUGGCAACAACAACAGCAACAACAACAACCAACAAGGCCAAGACGGCCAGCAACAGGGCGGCAACAAGGGCGGUGACGGCAAAAAGGGCGGCCCCAAAAGCAUAUUCGAGGGCAACGACUGGGUCGGCUGGGCGCUCGGAGCGGCCAUCUUCUACCCAAUCUACUCCAUCCUGUUCCCCGGCGGCCAGACGACCGAAAUCACGUGGCAGGAGCUGCGGCGCAACUUCCUUGACCGCGGCCUUGUCGAGCGGCUCACGGUCACGGGCAAGCGCGUCCUUGUCGAGCUGAACCGCGAGGCCACGCAGUCCGCCUACCCCGACUCGGCCGCCGCCAACCCGUGGCAGCAGUACUACUUUUCCAUCGGCUCGGUCGACAGCUUUGAGCGCCGCCUCGAAGAGGCCCAGGACGAGCUGCAGAUCCCACCGUCCGAGCGCCUCCCCGUGAGCUACGCCUCAGAGGGCAUGCUCGGCAGUCUGCUGAUGGGCUUCGGUCCGUCGAUCCUGCUGAUCGGUCUCAUGUACUGGUUGACGCGGCGCGGCGCCGGCGGCAUGGGCGGCUCCAGCGGCAUCUUUGGCUACGGCAAGAGCAAGGCCAAGCGCUUCAACCACGAGUCGGCCGUCAAGGUCAAGUUCUCGGACGUGGCCGGCAUGGACGAGGCCAAGGUGGAGAUUAUGGAGUUUGUCAGCUUCCUCAAGCAGCCCGAGCGCUUCCAGCGCCUGGGUGCCAAGAUUCCGCGCGGUGCCAUCCUGGCCGGUCCGCCCGGUACUGGCAAGACGCUGCUGGCCAAGGCCACGGCCGGCGAGUCGGGCGUGCCCUUUUUCAGUGUGAGCGGUUCCGAGUUUGUGGAGAUGUUUGUCGGCGUCGGUGCGUCGCGUGUGCGCGACCUGUUUGCCACGGCACGCAAGAGCGCGCCCUGCAUUGUCUUCAUCGACGAGAUCGACGCCAUUGGACGCUCGCGCGGCGACGGCAAGUUCAGCUCGGGCGGCAACGACGAGCGCGAGGCCACGCUCAACCAGAUCCUGACGGAGAUGGACGGUUUCAACACGUCGGAGCAGGUGGUCGUGCUGGCCGGCACGAACCGCCCCGACAUCCUGGACAAGGCGCUCAUGCGUCCCGGCCGCUUCGACCGUCACAUCAACAUUGACCGCCCCACGAUGUCGGGCCGCCAGGACAUCUUCCGUGUCUACCUGGCCAAGAUUGUUACCAAGGAGGACAUUGACUACCUGGUCGGCCGUCUGGCCGCGCUGACGCCGGGCUUUGCCGGUGCCGACAUUGCCAACGCCGUGAACGAAGCUGCUCUCGUUGCCGCCCGUGCCAAUGCCGAGACGGUCGAGAUGAAGCACUUUGAGCAGGCCAUUGAGCGCGUCGUCGGCGGUCUCGAACGCAAGUCGCUGGUGCUCAACCCCCAGGAGAAGCGCACCGUCGCGUACCACGAGGCUGGCCACGCCAUCUGCGGCUGGUACUUUGAGUAUGCCGACCCGCUGCUCAAGGUCUCCAUCAUCCCCCGCGGCCAGGGCGCGCUGGGCUACGCGCAGUACCUGCCCGUCGGCGACGCCUACCUGAUGAACGUCAAGCAGCUCAUGGACCGCAUGGCCAUGACGCUCGGCGGCCGCAUCUCGGAGGAGCUGCACUUUGACACGGUGACGACGGGCGCCAGCGACGACUUCAAAAAGGUCACGCGCAUGGCCACGACCAUGGUGACCGAGUGGGGCAUGUCCGACAAGGUCGGCCCGCUGCACUUCCGCCAGGACGACCAGAACCAGUUCCAGAAGCCGUUUGCCGAGUCGACGGCGCAGACGAUCGACGCCGAGGUGCGCCGCAUCAUCGACGCCGCCUACAAGCAGUGCAAGGACCUGCUGACGGCCCGCAAGGCCGAAAUUGGCCUCGUCGCCGAGGAGCUGCUGCGCAAGGAGAUGCUGACGCGCGACGACCUCGUGCGCCUGCUGGGCCCGCGGCCGUUCCCCGACAAGGACGAGUUCUCAAAGUACUUUAACAACGACGCGCCGCCACCAUUCCCGCCCUCCAACACCGACACAGAUCUGGGCCCGGCCCCAGCCCCGGCCCCCGCGUUCAAAGGGUAG